AUGUUCACUCAAGCAAUCCUCCUCUCUUUCGCUCUGGGCAGCUACGCACAGUCGAUCAGCUCAUCGGCAGUACUGGGAAGCUCCAGCACUACAGCCUCUUCCGUGGACGCGCAGACGACCAUGAAUCUCUUUAUUGAUGCUGGCUCCGACCAACAAUUCAUCGGUGAAGUGUUGAACGCCGAUUGCGAUAAGACGACCUACGGCCUCUACUGCACCGAGGGCGACUAUGGCUCUGGUAUCCUCAGCAGCACUUGCGACCCUGACGCUAUCGCUCGCGCCACUUAUGGCCCGGGCUCUUUUGGCCUCUCCACGGAAGCCAUGACCUCUGGUGUCCGCGUCACUCUGGUCGAAGAGUGUCAACUGUCCGGAACCACGCAGGCUGUGUGUACCGCUUCCAUCGGUGUGUCGGCCAACGGCGAGAACACCGCUACUUCGAGCACCGGCACCCGGACAGGCACGGACGUCAACUACUUCCAGGUGCCCAUCACCGCCGGUGCAAGCAAGUUGGCGGCAUGCACCGGAUCAGACGCUUCCUCCUCUGGCAAUGCGGCACCAGCAGCGACAGGCGCGGCCGAGGUGUGGAAGGUGUUGGUUGUUCCUGGUGCUGCUGCUCUGCUGGGUGCUCUGGCUUGA